CAUGGAUCUCACAGAAAUCAAUCUAUCGAAGUAAAUUUAUUUAAUCUACGCAGUAAGCUAGAAAGCAGAAAAGCAGUCAGAGUGAUCGAUUUUUUGCACGACCACUGACUAAAGCGUGUGCGAUCUAAAGCUUCCUCUGAAGGAGAAGGUUUGCUCUGCGCAGAGGACUAAUAAACAGAAGACUGCACGUAAAUAAUCCACAGUCAGCAUGCUGCACAACAACAGUUCAAGCUGAGUCAAUAACAAUGCAACGAGGCAAACUGCGUGUGCUUACUGUGCCUUUAUUAGUCAUUAUAUGUUAUUUAAAUUUGUAACAAAUAUUGUCACAAAACGUCUUGAUGCACCACACAGAAGAAGAAUAACACUGUACUCGCUUUGAACGAGAAGGGAAGCAUGGAGCCUGCGAGCCUGGAGAACAUGUGUGUUUUGUACCACAGUGCAAACUAUAUAGUUGUCAACAAACACUGGGAUAUCCGUAUCGACAGCAAAAUGUGGUAUGAGAAACAGACUGUCCAGAGUCAGCUGAAGCAUCGCUUCCCAGAGCUGGCAGAUCCUGGCACCUAUUACGGCUUCAGGUUUUGUCAUCAACUGGAUUUCUCUACCAGUGGUGCUUUGUGUGUAGCACUGAACAAGGCAGCAGCAGGCCAGGCGUACCGCUGUUUUAAAGACAGACUUGUGACCAAAGCUUAUCUCGCUCUGGUCCGUGACAUUGUGCCAGAGGAGAAAAUGACCCUGGACUUUGCGAUCGGCAAGAACACAACCGAAGGGAAGACCCAUAUGAUGUGUACUGAAGGAACAGACGGUUGUGAGAAUCCUAAGAGCUGUCAAACAAAGCUGACAGUUUUAGAGUAUGGCGAAUAUGACGGAGAUCCAGUGACAAAAGUGCUUCUAGAGCCUCUGACAGGACGGACGCACCAGCUCCGAGUUCACUGCAGAGCUGUUGGUCACCCCAUAGUGGGAGACUACACUUACAGUCUACGCACAGACAGUGCUCCGUAUCGCAUGAUGCUGCAUGCCUACUUCUUGCACAUCCCACUAGAAAAUGAACCCAUCCAUGUCACAGCCCCAGAUCCCUUUGUACCCACCUUCGACUCUAAAUGGGCACCACAGAGAUGUGUGAAUGUCCUGGAGGACUUGCUGAAGAAUAUUUUGACAAAAUCACAACCUGAAAUCCAAGAAGAGCUACAGCCAGUGCACAGGAGCCCCCCAGAGGAGAAUGAGGAGCAACAGGCACAGUGUCAGCAGUGGUUAUGUGAGUGGAAUCUGGACUGAGUGAGCCUUAUGCUGUUUUACCAGUUCAGUACUGAAGCUUUACUGCAGUGUCCCCAGCUCUGUAGACGCCCUUCAAGAACAGUAAGAAAUGAAGGCAUGAAGAGAUUUUGAACAAAUUGGCUGAUCUGUGUAUGAGGAAGAGCACUGCGUGCCAGUGUGCAUUAUAGAGACCCCAUGCUUAUGUCAAUUUACAUUACCAUUUAAAAGUUUGGGGCCAGUUAGCUUUACCUUUUUUUUUUUUUUUUUU